AUGAAUCCCAUUCAAUGGAUUCUUUCCCUGCUCAAGUCCCUGCUUACAUUUAUAUUUCCACCGUCUAGCGAUCGGUCCAUCUAUGGUCUCGACCAUGCGGUUCUCAACAUCCCCGCCCCCCCACCAAGCAUGUGGAUGAACAUGGGGUACUGGAAGGAUGAAACCAACCUUCCGGGCGCCUGUAGAGCCCUCCUGGACCAAGUCCUCAUCGCGGCAGGCUUCCUUGAUUCCACCGGUCACCCGGUGCACACAGACCGACAGGUCCACCUCCUAGAUGUCGGGAUCGGAUGUGGUGAUCAAACGAUGCACUUAGUCCAUUUACUGAAGCCAGAUCAUCAAGCACCGAGUUAUGACCGACGCGAUGCCACUGCGAUGGAAUCUCGCCCGCUCUUCGACUCCUACGUCGGAAUCACCCUCCUCCCCGAGCAGGCGGACCUCGCGCGGCAGCGCCUCGAGGCUUCUUCCCGCACGGAAGAAUCCAAUGCCAUGGCUCCCACCAAUACAGGGACCCCCAUAGAGCCAACCCGAGUUGAUAUUUUCUGCGCCGACGGCGCGGACCCAGCCUCCUGGAACAAGGAGCUUCAGCGCGCAGUUGUUUCCUCGCCUGUCCGGGACUCUGACGCCCCGACGAGGACCACGACGUGGCUCCUCGCCCUCGACACUCUGUACCAUUUCCGACCCUCAAGAGCCCCGCUCCUCCGGUACGCGAACACCGAACUCCACGCCUCCUUUAUGGCGUUUGACCUCUUGCUAUCCGACACCGCCACCCUGUGGCAGAGGCUACUGCUGCGGGGCGUGUGCAUGAUGACAGGGGCACCGUUCGCGAACUUUCUAACGCGAACCAAGUACGAGGCCCUCUUGGUGCGCGCGGGCUACGCCAUCGAUGACAUCGCAGUGACGGAUAUCUCAGAGGACGUCUUCGGGGGACUGGCCGGUUUCAUCCGCCAGAAGGAUGCGCGGCUGCGUCGCAUGGGCAUGUCGGUGGGUGGGAAGUUCCGCGGCGCCGCAACGGUGUUUGACUGGUGGGCCCGGAGUGGUGUUGUACGCGGCGUCGUGGUGGUUGCGAGGUUAGGUGGUCAGUAACUAGUACCUGCUAUGGAAGCGCGGCGAUGUGGUGAUUCUGUCCCUCGUAUGUCGUCCACAGUGGGAUUGGCUGUUCACAGUGAACCCCCUGGCAGAGCCUGCUUUCGAUUGACAAGAACUAAUGCACGUAGUCCAUCAAGGCUUCGUCGAGGUAGAUCACUGGUCUGUACCUGCAUGCUGGCCCGUCACGUUCUGCUGGACUCUGUCAAUCGAACCUGUUCUAGAAAAUUGCCUAUGAUAGAAAAG